CCGGCGCUGCGGCGGCAGCGAAGCCGAGCGUGAGGGGCCGUGUCCGAUGGCCUGGCGUCCAAAACAGUGACAGGAGUGCGUCUGUGCCCCGGCUUCUCUCAAGAGCUUGAAAAGGGACCGGUUUCGUUGGGGGUGUCGCCUGUAAAUGUAAAUUACUGCUUUUUCAGAGCGGGAGUGUGUUAUUCCUCGAAGAUAGGGCUGUUCAACUGCUGGGAAGAAAUGUUCCCUCAGUUCUGAGGAUGACCGAGGGAGUGGACCCGAAGAUAAGCAGAAGGCUGUGCAUUAAACCCCAGCAAGACCUUCAGACAAAGACAAAGAGUCGAUCUGCUUCAGGAGUGCCUGGAUACAGGCCUACACCCUGGGAGAGAAGGUUUUUGUUGUGGGCAGGCCAUUUCAAAAAGCCAGAGGAUAUUCCAGAGACUGUCUCGCUUGAGACAGUGAGAGCAGCAAAGACCACCCUGCGUGUGAAGUUCAGCUAUGUCAUGAUUGCCUUGACAAUAGUGGGAUGCAUCACCAUGGUGAUCAGAGGGAAGCAGGCUAUGAAAAGACAUGAAUCUCUUACGACCAUAAACCUGGAGAAGAAAGCCAAGUGGAGAGCGGAAGGUGCAUCUGCUAAACCAUAGAGGAGGAAAUGAAGAGAUCAAGGACUGGGGUAGAAAAGCAAAGUCCCUUUCAGCACUGACAGGAGGAUAUCAUCACAUCUUUCCUGUAUGUUAGUUCUGUACACCCAUGUCCAAGAAAGAAUGAAUAUGCUGUCCUGUAGUCAAUAAAACCAGAAAUACCUAU